AUGCGUCCCCACGUCCUUUGUUUGGUUCCAACGCCAACUCGUCUUGGUUUUGCUCCAUCCACCACCUCUUCUCAUUCCAUGGCAGGCCAACAGGUUCUCCACGCUGUCGCCCCUCCGCCACCUCCAUCAGACUUAAUUGCUUCUGCGCUCUCAAUACCGCUGUCCCAGGUUGGCGCGGAGCAUGUAGGCAGGAAGCUGCGACUCUUGGUGCAAAUUCUCGACAUUGACAACAGCGCGUCGCAUAUCCUGGUCACUGGUGCGGGACAUGGCGCAAGACCGACCAUCCUGAUGGAGCUCUCCGUCGCCCUCCUCGGUCACUCACCCGGUGUGCUCGAUGUCUCACACGCGAGAGCAGGGUACGCUGCGUCGACGACCAGCUUGCCUACUCGUCCUACCCCAUCAACAGCAGUGUCGUCUACGGGUACGCAUCCAUCACUCCCUCCAGGACCAACUGUCCCAAGACAGCGCCUCGUCCUCGCGCGCGGUGAGUGGAUCACCGUGGUUGGCUGGCUCGAGCCCAGCGCUCUAGCAGACGUGGUCGUACCACCACCAGGCUUUCUCCAACCACCACGCUGUGUUCUCGAGGCAAUAUUCAUCGCCCCUGCGCGCGAACCUCCCGUCGGUGCCAUCUUCCGCGGCGAGAUCCCAUUUUAG